CAAGUCCCGCCCCAGCGGUAACUAAGGAGAUCACAGUUAGUUUACUUCCAACCUCCUUUGCGCUACCCCUGGCUCUCUAGCAAAAUGACCAAAAUCUGAGGAAUAUUCCAGCAAUAAUAAUACCAUUCUGUGUACGAGCUUCUCUCAGAAUGCAACUGAAGUAUCUCAAGACACUUUUAACCUCCCGGGAGUUUGCUGCCAAAGUUACCUGCAUGGCAUGGGCACCAAACAACAUCAAGUUCGCUGUUUGCACUGUGGACAGGGUGGUGUUGCUGUAUGAUGAGCAUGGAGAGAGCAGGGACAAGUUCUCCACAAAACCUGUGGACGCCAAGUAUGGAAAGCAGAGCUAUGUUGUAAAUGACAUGGCCUUCUCACCAGAUUCCACGAAAAUUGCCAUCGGCCAAUCUGACAAUAUCAUCUUUGUCUACAGAAUCGGAGAGGACUGGGGGGACAAGAAAGUCAUCUGCAAUAAAUUUGUUCAGACGAGUGCUGUGACAUGCCUUCUUUGGCCUGCAGAGCAUGCUAUUGUCUACGGAUUAGUUGAAGGCAAGAUUCGGCUUGCCAACACUCAGACAAACAAAUCUUCAACCAUCUACGCCACAGAAUCCUGGGUUGUCUCACUGGCAUCAAAUGUCUCUGGUAAAGGGAUCAUAUCGGGCCAUGCUGAUGGGACAGUUGUGCGGUACUUCUUUGAUGAUGAAGGCUCAGGGGAAUCCCAGGGUAAGCUUCUGACACACUCGUGCCCACCCUACGCUAUAGCCUGGGGUGCAAACAGCAUCAUGGUGGGGGGCUGUGACAAGAAGGUGGUGGCCUACAGCAGAGAGGGACACAUCCUGCAGACCUUCGACUACAGCCGCGACCGAACAGAGAAGGAGUUCACCGUGGCUGUCGCCAGCCCCAGUGGGGAAUCUGUGGUGUUUGGCAGCUUUGACCGGUUGCGGGUGUUUAAUUGGGCUCCGAGGAGAGGAAUGUGGGAUGAAGCCAAACCUAAAGAAAUUUCCAACCUCUACACAAUCACCAGCUUGGCCUGGAAGAAAGACGGAUCACGCCUCUGCGCUGGAACACUGUGCGGAGGAGUGGAGCUGUUUGACUGCUGCCUGCGAAGAACCAUCUACAAGAACAAGUAUGAGGUGACCUACGUUGGCCUGAGCCAGGUGAUAGUAAAGAACCUCUCCACAGGAACUCGGGUUGUCCUGAAGUCCUAUUACGGUUAUGAGAUAGAAGAAGUGAAGAUCAUGGGGAAAGAUCGCUACCUGAUGGCUCACACAUCAGAUACGCUCCUGCUGGGAGAUCUCCUGACAAAUAAAUUAAGCGAGGUGCCUUGGACUGGCUCUGGGGGAAAUGAAAAGUUCUUCUUUGAAAAUGAAACAGUGUGCAUGAUAUUUAAUGCCGGGGAGUUGAGCUUGGUGGAGUACAGCAGCAACGAGAUUCUGGGAUCAGUCCGCACGGAAUUUAUGAACCCCCACCUCAUCAGUGUCCGACUAAAUGAGAGGAAGCAGAAAGGAGUUGAAGACAACAAGAAGCUCGCUUAUCUGAUUGACAUAAAGACUAUUGCUAUUGUGGACUUGGCCGGAGGCUACAAUCUGGGAACCAUCAGCCACGACUCCAAGAUUGACUGGCUGGAGCUCAAUGAAACCGGGUGCAAACUGCUGUUCAGGGACAAGAAGCUGCGGCUCCAUCUGUACAACAUACAGUCUGGCGUGAAGACCACAUUACUGAGUUUCUGCUCUUACGUCCAGUGGGUGCCUGGCAGCGAUGUGGUGGUCUCCCAAAACCGGGGAAACCUCUGCAUCUGGUACAGCAUCGACAGCCCAGAGACCGUCACCAUGUUCCCUGUCAAGGGAGACAUUGUGGAUCUCAAAAGAGCCGAUGGCAAGACGGAUGUGAUUGUGACAGAGGGUGUCAACAUGGUGACAUACACACUCGACGAAGGCCUCAUUGAGUUUGGUACGGCUGUUGAUGAUGGAGAUUAUAACAGAGCCACAGCCUUCCUCGAGACUCUGGAGAUGUCACCAGAGACUGAAGCCAUGUGGAAGACACUCAGCAAGCUGGCUCUAGAGGCUUGCCAGCUGCACAUCGCAGAAAGGUGUUUUGCUGCACUGGGUGAUGUCUCAACCCUCCACUUCCUGCGCCAAACAAACGAGAUCGUAGACAAAGUUUCACAGGAAACGGGAGAAGAUGGGACAUCAUUUUAUCAAGUCCAAGCACGCGUGGCCAUGCUGGACAAGAAUUUUAAACUAGCUGAGAUGCACUACACAGAGCAGAAUGCCAUCGAAGAAGCCAUAGAGAUGUACCAAGAGCUCCACAUGUGGGAUGACUGCAUUGCUGUAGCUGAAGCCAAGGGCUACCCAGAGCUCGACACCUUGCGUGAAAACCGUUACCGGUGGCUGAUGGAGACGGGUCAGGAAGACAGGGCCGGCGAGGUGAGGGAGAGCGAGGGAGACUUCCAGGGUGCCAUAAACCUCUACCUGAAAGCAGGGCUGCCAGCUAAGGCCGCUCGCCUCGCCAUGAGCCAGUCGGAGAUCACCAACAGCAGCGAGACCGUCGACCGCAUUGCUGCCAGUCUCAUCAAGGGAGAGUUUUACGAGAGAGCAGGAGAUCUGUAUGAGAAGAUCAGGAACAACCAGAGAGCACUGGAGUGCUACUGUAAAGGAGGUGCCUUCAGGAAAGCGGUAGAGCUGGCUCGCAUAACCUUCCCCGCUGAGGUGGUGAAACUGGAGGAGUCCUGGGGAGACUACCUCGUCCAGCAGAAACAGAUGGACGCUGCCAUCAACCACUUCAUUGAAGCAGGUUGUUCUCUUAAAGCGAUCGAGGCAGCCAUCGCAGCUCGCCAGUGGAAGAAAGCAGUCCACAUCCUGGAGUUACAGGAAGAUUCGUCAUCAGAAAAAUACUAUGUGAAGAUAGCUCAACACUACGCCUCCAUGCAGGACUAUGAGAUGGCAGAACAGCUUUUUGUGAAAGGAGGUCACAUUAAAGAUGCCGUAGAGAUGUACACCGCAGCAGGGCAUUGGGAGGAGGCUCACAAGCUGGCAGUGAAGUGUAUGACGGAGGAGGAGGUUAUGGCUCUGUACAUCAGCAGAGCUCAGGAGCUGGAGAGAGAUGGGAAGUUCAAGGAGGCCGAGAGGCUGUUUGCUACAGUGAAGCAGCCUGACCUUGCCAUCACCAUGUACAAGAAGAACCGGAUGUUUGACGAUGUCAUUCGUUUGGUAGCCAAACAUCACCCUGACCUGCUGACUGAGACCCAUGUCCACCUAGCCAAGGAGCUGGAGGCUGAAUCGAGGUUCUCGGAGGCGGAAUACCACUUCAUGGAGGCUGAAGAGUGGAAGGCUGCGGUCCACAUGUACAGUGUCAAUGAUAUGUGGGAGGAUGCGUACAGGGUGGCAAAAAGCCACGGAGGUGCUGAUGCGCAGAAGCAGGUGGCCUACCUGUGGGCCCGGAGUCUGGGAGGAGAGGCAGCUGUUAAGCUGCUAAACAAGUUUGGCCUGCUGGAGUACGCCAUCAAGUCUGCUUCAAAUAAAUUCUCAUUUGACUUUGCCUUUGACUUGGCCCGCCUUGCAUGUAAGGAGAAGAUUCCUGAGAUCCACCUCAAGCAUGCACUGUACCUGGAAGAUGAGGGGAAGUUCACUGAAGCCGAGGUAGAGUUCAUCAAAGCAGGAAAACCCAAAGAAGCUGUGUUGAUGUAUGUCCACAACCAGGACUGGGCAAAUGCACAGCGGGUGGCUGAGGGCCACGAUCCAGAGAGCCUGUCUGAGGUUCUGGUUGGCCAAGCCAAGUUCUGCUUUAAAGAGAAUGAUUUCAAGAAGGCUGAGGCCUUCCUGCUCCAAGCACAGAGACCUGAACUAGCUGUUAAAUACUACAAGGAUGCAGACAUGUGGAGUGAUGCCAUACGUAUCUGUAAAGAGUAUAUCCCCAAUAAACUCUCCAUGCUCCAAGAGGAGUAUGAGAGGGAGGCCUCCAAGAAAGGACUCAGGGGUGUGGAGGGCUUCUUGGAGCAGGCGAGAGAGUGGGAGCAGUCGGGUGAAUAUUCCCGGGCCGUGGAGUAUUACUUGAAGGUUAAGGAUGACUCAAACACGGCGCUGAUGGAAAAGUGUUGGAUGAAGGUGUCCUGUACUGUUUGGCAUGUGCACUCGCUGUGUGCAUAUGUCCAGGCGGCAGAGCUGUCCAUCAAGUUCCUGACAACAGAUGUAGCAGUGGAGGUGAUCCAGGUGGUCGGACCACGACUCGCACAGCUGAGGAAGUUCAACGCCGCUGCUGAGCUCUACUUAAACAUGGACCUCAUCAAAGAGGCAAUCGAUGUCUUUAUUGAGGGUGAGGAGUGGAACAAAGCCAAGAGAGUCGCCAAGGAGCUGGAGCCGAGGUAUGAGGACUACGUGGACCAGAAGUACAAGGAGCACCUUAAAAACCAGGGCAGAGUGGAGUCUCUGGUGGGAGUGGAUGUCAUGGCGGCCCUGGACAUCUACGCAGAAAGAGGCCAGUGGGAGAAGUGCCUGGAGACGGCAUCCAAACAGACCUUUCAGAUCCUCCAUAAGUACAUUGCUCUGUACGCAACACAUCUCAUCAAGGAUAAGGAAGCUCCAAAAGCUGUUCAGCUCUACAUACAGCACGGAGUACCACCAAACCCUCAGAACUUUAACAUCUACAAACGCCUGUUCCUGGACCUGAUUAACCUUCCCGACACCGAUGGACCAGAGUCCUACCGCAUGUUCGCCGACCUCCGCAAUUUCUUCUUCCAACUGUGUGAGAACAUGUCCAAAUCAACCGAGGCAAACACUCCGGCUCAUGAAGAUUUUGAACAGAUGCUGCUAAUCUCUCACUACUACGCCACAAGAUCUGCUGCUAAAGGAGUCGAGCAGCUGAUCAGUAUAGCAACCAAGCUCUCCGUGUCUCUGCUGCGUCACACUGAGCUUGUUCCUGCGGACAAGGCUUUCUAUGAGGCGGGCCUGGCCUGCAAGGCUAUUGGCUGGGAAAACAUGGCCUUCAUCUUUCUCAACCACUUCCUGGAUCUGUGCGAUGGCAUUGACGAGGGGACUCUGGACACUCUGGACCACACCGACUUCCUAGACACCGACAUUCCCUUUGAGGUUCCAGUUCCCACCAAACUCUGCGUCACAGUUGCCCAGCGGGACCAGAUCCGCGACUGGGUGCUUAUGGUGUCCAUGGACCAUCGGCUCGAGCAGGUUCUGCCACAUGACGAGAGGAACACAUAUGAAGCCUCGCUGGUGGCCGCCAACACCGGCCUUCGCUCGCUGCCCUGCGUCCUCACCGGCUACCCCGUGCUGAGGAAUAAAAUCGAGUUCUCUGCUGCGGGGAAAGCAGCCAACAAGGAAGACUGGAACAAAUUCCUCAUGGCCACGAAGACCACUCACAGUCCAGAGUGUCAGGACGUCCUCGAGUUCAUCAGGCAGUGGUGUGGCGGUCUGCCGGCGUCUGGAUUCUCCUUCCGCUGAUAGAACGACCUGCAGCUCUGCCCUGUGCCUUUUUUUUUUUAUUACGCUGUUACACACUUUGAAACACCUGCUCUUCCUUCUAUUCUUCCUCAUCUUUUCUUUCCGCAAAUUCAAACAUUUCACAGGAAACCAUCUAUUUUAUUGUCCCCAGAACUUCCUACUUACUUUCUAAGCCCAGAGGAGAAUACACAAUCCCUUCAUUUCAGUUUAAACCAGUUCAUGAUUUUCUUCUUUAAAAGGCACCUUAAAAGUAUAGUUAAACUGUAAAAUGUUAUGUGUUACAUGUUAUAAGUUAAACUGUAAAUUGGUAAAAUGAUAAUAAAAGUACAUAUACAUGACUUUGAACCUUAACAAUUGACAAUUUAAGAAUUCAAGAAAUAUAUUUAGUGCUUUUUUCUGAUUCAUAGUAAACAUCAGAAAAUUGAAAUGACUGAGAAAUGUAGCACUUUGAUCCGAUUUUGCAGUUUCUGCUAGUUUCUGGUCAUUAGAGUAAGAUACUAGGCUGACAAGAGUCAAUAAGCAUUUUUAUAACAUUACUAGUCUUAGAAUUUGACCACUGUCAGAGCAAAAGCACAAGAUAAAAACUCGUAAGUAUUUAUUAGAAUUCAGGUUCACAUAUUUCUGAAGCAACCUCAAAAAUUAUCAGUAAGGAGCUCGAAAUGCUUCAUAAAACAGUUAACAACAAAAAAAUAGACAGUGCUCUUCUUUGAAGCCUCAAAACACAGAAGAAAAAACAAAAACCUGUUCAUAUGCUCAGUGUGUGUUGGCCCCAACCACAAGCCCUUUUAGUUCCUGACCAAAAACACACAAAAAGUGAUUUCCUGAAACAGCUCUUGUGCUGUAGUUUAAGUUAAAAAUGAAUAAACUUUGUUGGGGAAUAAUUUCAGCGGCGGAUUAAUCCUUGUUUGGUGCUCUACUGAGAGCAGUGCAGAAUCAAAACAAACUCAACAUCAGAACUCUAAAGCACCAAGGAAUACAAUGCAUCGGGAUGAAGUGAUGCUGUUUGCUUUUGUUUUUUCCAAGAUGUUUCAUUUUUGUUAUUUAUUUUAUCCUCUGACUGGUCAGUUUAUCCCAAGGUGCAGUCACCAUGGAAACACAUAUCAUCCAUCUAGUUGUUUCUAUGUAUUUUCUCAUCAUCAGAAGGACUUUGUCUCAGGUUUCCGUCUGUGAAGACUUUCCUCUGCAGCAGAUAUUACAAUACUUAAUAACCUGACACUAUGAUGCUGUGGUGGCGGUUUAGGAUUGUUUAAUGUCUGCAGACUAAAUUGAGUUCUUUUCUCUGUGAAUGUUUUUCAGAGGCCAGUAAUGUUUGGCAAAGCUUUUACUGAGUGUUCAAUAUGGAAUAUACUUUGUUUAAUAAAGUUGCAAUAUAAAAAUGUU